UUACAAAUUACCGGUGUAUCUUUGAAAUGUCGGGUAGUUCGCAACCCAAUACUGCAAAUGUUAAAGGACCAUCACAAACAGCCAGCGGUGCUAGUAGUACAAGAGGAAAUCGACAUAAACAAAGACAGAAGAAACAGAGAUUUGUUCAAAUAGGAAAUAUAGCUCUUAGUGUUAUAAAAGGGAACAUAAUACAACAAACGACUGACGUAUUAGUCAAUAGCGCAGUACCAGAUUUAGAUCUUAGUAAAGGGAGAGCAUCCAAAGCUUUGGUAGACGCUGCUGGAACAAGCAUACAAUCAGAAUGCACGAACCAGUAUCCGUCUGGUAUCAACUGUAAGACAGUGGCAAUAACUGGACCAGGCAAUCUCCAUUGUAAGGCAAUAUUUCAUGUGACAUUACCAAGAUGGAAAGCUCAGGGAGACGAAAAGAACAUAGAUUUCAUUGUACGUAACUGCUUGGAGGAAGCGAGCAAACAGAAAUUUACAUCGAUGUCGUUUCCUGCACUGGGAACAGGAUUCCUGAAAUACCCGCCAAGGACUGUUAUUGCUUCAAUGUUCCAAACUGUGGAAGAUUUUACUAAGAAGACUCCCAAUUCCACAGUCAAAGUUGUGAACUGUAUCGUUUAUACAGAGGACGAUGGUACAUAUAAGGAAUUUCAAGAAGAAGCAAUAGCAAAGGCGACUAGUAAAGGUCUCAAAGAAAUAGAUAUGGUAAACCAAAAUUCUCUGGAUGCAAAGAUUGGAAGCAUAAGUGUUAACAUUACAGUAGGGUCUAUCAUAACUGAAAAAGCUGACGUGAUUGUCAAUAGUUGUCCGUCUGAUAUGAGACUGGAUACAAGACCAGGAUUAUCAAAGGUUAUGUAUGAUGCUGCAGGAAAUGGAUUAAAGACGGAAAUUGACAAAAACUAUCCCAAUGGUAUAAAAGUCGGGGACCUUGCUGUGACUGGCGGCCAUUCACUGCAUUGUAAAAAACUCUAUCAUGGGUGCUUGACAUCUUUCUUUGCAAAGAGGGAAAGUGGGAUGCUUCCAGAGACGGUUCUAGAAAAUUUUGUGACGAAAUGCCUUGACGAAGCUAAUAAGUAUUCUGUCAAAAGCAUAGUCUUUCCAGCGCUGGGUACAGGAUUUCUGAAAUUUCCACCCAAAACUGCUGCUUCGAAUGUAAUAAAGGCUAUUAGAGACUUCCAGACGAAUAAUGCACAGUCAUCUGUUAAGACGGUUAAGAUUGUUAUUUUUGGUGGAACAAAUGAUUGGACCUCCAUUGAGCAGGCAUACGUAUCAGAAUUAAAUUCAACAGGACAAGGCCAAGGAGCCACUGCAUGUGCAGCUCCAGCGUCACAAACAAUACCAGGACGAGGAACAAGAGCCUACCUUGCUCAUAGAUAUCAAGAAGAACCAAGACCACCACCAUAUUGGACACACUUCAAAAGUAACCAAACUAUAAAGGACUGGAAUACUUCACAAAAAGGAAGUCACUGCAAAGUUACCAGUGUUGAUACAAAAACAUAUCAAUCGAUUGCAAAGGCUUUCAAGAGCACAGGAGGAUCAACCAUAGUGAAAAUAGAAAGAAUCGAGAAUAUAUUACUAUAUGAGAAGUAUAUUCAGGAGUGUCAAAGAACAUUUCGUAAGGCGUAUGUUACUCAACUUUGUACUCCCCUCCAAAAUGUGAAGAAAUCAUCAGGCCCUGGACUCACACUCAAAUACCUAGAUCAAGAAAUGACUAAACACUUACACGAGGAAAUCAAUGAGUUGUAUUUGUUUCACGGAACUAAAGUAAAUGCAGUUGAUGUUAUAAUACAACAGGGUCUAGACAGUCGGCUGGCGUCAUCGGGACUGUUAGGUACAGGAGUGUACACUGCCGAAACGGCAUCCAAAUCUGCAGGCUAUACAGAUCAAAAUAAAAAUGGAGAAAGUAAGAUGUUUCUGAUGAGAGUUUGUUUAGGAGAUAUUUUCAUUACAACUCAGAUGACGAAGUUCAGACGGCCACCAUGUAUGAAGUGCUACGAUGAAACUUGUAUUAAACAUCCAGAACUAUUUGAUUCAGUGGUUGCAGAAUUUGGUAGUAGAAGAGAAUUUGUAGUUUACGAUAGAGUCAAAUGUUAUCCUGAAUAUAUCAUAACAUACAAAUGA